AUGUCAUGGAUGGACUCGUGGAGCAGGCCGAGUGCGAACUCGAAAGUGCCCGCGCCUCUCUAUCUCGCCAACGAAGAUACUCCAUACUGUCAUACCUGUGGCCGCGUCAUGAAUUCGAAAAAGUCGGCCAAGAAGCAAAAUAAUGAAAUCAAGUACUGCUCGGAUCGAUGUCGAUCACGAAAGCCAGGGCCGGUUGAUCGCAAGAUUGAAAAGACUAUUACCGCAUUGUUAAAUGAUGAGAAAGACUCCGGCAUUGAGAAGACGGCCGCCAAAACCAGGGCUGUCAAAGGCGAUCCUCGUUUGAUUAUCACAUGCGACGAGAUUGAAGAGAUUGUCUUUGGCAGUAGAUUUGACCCUGAAAAGACUCAUGGUAGAAGGAAAAACCGCAAGCCUCGUGCUAUUCCGGAAAAGGACGGGGAAUGGAGGAGUGUCGACAUGGUGAGUGAAAGUGACACUGAAAGCGAGAAUGAUCGGGAGGAGGAGGAGGAGGAGGAGCAGCUUAUGCAUGACGAUCGAGACUCCAUCCACUAUGAUACAGACGGUUCCGUGCCAUCGAUAGACGGAGGUGUUCGUAUUCGACCUCCCCAGGACCAGUCCGAAGUCAACUUCAGUGUCGGUGGAGAGCGAGGCCGACAGGAGAAAAUCGAAGAGUCUGCAGACGAUCUCGAAAGGAGGAGACAAGGCGCCAAACGUGCAGAAGAGCGUGAAAUGGUUCGAAGAGCUGCACGUAGAGGUGUCGUCUUUGGAUUUGAGGUCCCCAGACCGGAGCCGCCUCACAACAAGAGACCUGGCAAGACGAAAGGGAAAACUUCAAAGAGGGGCGACGGGAUGGAGGAUGAAGUCGAAACUGUGUCUUCGACGACCGAGAUACGGAAGGCUGAGGCUAUCAUGGCGGGAAUGGUCGUGGAGCCUUCCUAUGCAAAGGGCAAUUGGUCGAUACGAUGGAGGCAAUAG